AUGGAUAUCACCAAUAUGUUAUCCAACCAAAAUCACCACCACCACCAUCAGCAUUCCUCGAGCAGAACUUUGCCAUCUUUGUCCCAUGCUCAAUCUCACCACCUUCAAUCGUCUUCUCCUACAACUUUGCCUUCCUUGAAGGACGUUUUGCGUGAUGCGUAUACCGAUGGACCCUCUUAUGAUCCCCGCGGUCAUUACCAGAAGCCAAAUCAACAGAUUAUUCAUCCUUUACCAUCAAGUAGCUAUCAAUAUCAAUACCCAGCUUCAAAGUACGUACAACAGAAACAACAACCUCAGGUGUUGCCGUCAAUGAAUCAUCCAUCUACCCCGCUACCCGUGCUCCCUUCCUCUACCGUUACACAACAACCAUAUCAUUGCUACCCAACCAAUAGCUAUUCAACCAAUUCUACUCCAACUUCUUCCUCUUCUUCUUCGUCGUCGUAUGAUCCAACUAUUCCAAAUCAAUACAGUUACCCUAGGUCCAUAUCUGCCACCACUUCGCCAUCAUCGGUGUCUAGUUAUUCUGCAAACUACAUGUCAGACUCUUCCAAACGGAAAAGAAGACAAAACUUGCCAAAAACAACCACUGAUGUGUUGCUCAAUUGGCUAAAACAAAACUUAGAUCGUCCAUACCCUAAUUCUCAAGAGAAAAAUGAGUUGGUCGCUCAAACCGGCUUGACUUUUCAGCAGUUAGAUAACUGGUUCAUCAACGCCAGAAGAAGAAAAGUCAAGAACUUGAAAGAAUUAAGAAGCAGAAACAUUGAGUUCUGA